AUGGACGAGUCUGCUCCUUCUAGUAAGAGCAGAAGCGGCUGCCUAUUGCAGCUCCUCGUGACGCGCUCAGUGCGCCCGCGCUCGCCGUCCGUGCGCGACAUGAAUCUCUUCAAACAGACGCGCGUCAACCUGGAGUCGCCGGUGCACGUGAUAGAAAUCGUGGAGCCCGACCCCGAGGGCUGCCCAGCGGUCUCCCAGCCUCCCGAAGGGAACGUUAAACUGCGCAACUACCGAAUGUUGAACGAGAACCUUUGCACUUACUCCCCGACCGGAGACAUCAAUACGUCGCCCGGCAAAGGAAAGCUGGUGCCGAAGUACGAGGUCUUCUCGACUUUGUCGCCACCGCGCCAGAAAAUCCUGGAUCUAUUAAGGCCAGACGAUCCCGGGAGGGACGCGUUGGAGGCGAUAGUCCGGCCGGCACCGCGACGGGGCCUAGCGCGGCCUUACGACGAGGACACCAGGAGGUUUCUCCAGCGGGCCCUGCUGACUCCGAGCCCGCAAAUAUCAAACACUGCCUCUCCUGAACCUCGCCUAUUGCAGGAAUCCAAAGAGAGCAGCGUUCAGAGCUCUAACGAAACACCGUCCAAGAAGUCCGAACGGUCGCUGGCCGACGAGCUGAAAGAAGCCGAGGAGGACGAGAAGUCGGGCGGCAUACGGCGGGAGCUGUUACGCGAAUUCAGGAAACGGGGCGGCGGUGUCAAGGAGGCUAUGGAGAGGGAGAGGAUGGGCAAACUAGCCCUGUCCGUGGAAGAGGACGAGGACGAGGACGGCGGGCUGACGGCGGCCGCACGGCGCCUGGACGCGCUGCUGGCCGAGUCCAGGGACCUGCACGAGGAGCUGGCCGGCAUCCACGAAGACAUCCAGGUGCUGGCUCGGCGCGUCGCCCGCCGCGAACAG